AUGGCGGUCUCAUCGUCAUUACAGAAGGGGAUAGUGAUAACGGUACCGGUCUUGGUACUCUCAGUUUCAGCAGCAGCCAUUUUCUUGUUCUUUCUAUUGUCUUCGCUAUCUACAUGCGAUUGUCCUCCUCCUCCCCAAAAUGUCGCCGUUCCGGUCCCUGCCGGCGGUGAUGCGAGCGGUUCUGGAAGUUUCGUUGAAAAAAUUUCGCCGUCGAAGGAGGAUAUCCAGUGGAUUCAAGAUCAGAUCCGAUUGAAUGGUCUGCACAUGCAGGAGAAUGUCCUCCGCAAGGGCAUUAAUCCUCGCACUAGGGCUCAGCAACUCCAGGAUCUGAACCAAUUAAGAGCUUGGAAAAUUGUGCUUGUUGUUUAA